AUGUACAGAGAAACAUCGAAGGUAUAUAGUAAAGUAGAACGUCCUCAGAACCCAAGACGUAGUGCAAAUAUUUUUGAAAUCAUCACAUAUAGUUGGAUGUCAAAUCUAUUUAAAAUAAGACAGCACAGAGAUUUAAUUGAAACAGAUUUGUAUACGGCAUUAGAUGAUCACACAUCAUCAUCAUUAGGCGAUCAAUUAGAAAAGACAUGGAGAUCAGAGUUAGAUAAUGCAUAUUUAGUGAAACGAAAGCCGACAUUAUUGAGAGCUUUGAUCCGAAUGUUUGGUGCUAAAUAUAUGUUUUUCGGGAUUAUAACUUGCAUGCUCGAAAUGAUUUUCAAARUAUUUCAACCUAUAUUACUUGGUGAACUAUUGGAAUAUUUCAAUCACGACAAUCUCAAAAACUCUAAUAUAAGAUAUGCAUAUUUAUGCGCAUCUGGUUUAUUGAUCAGCUUAUUUAUAACAACAAUUAUACAAUAUUCAACGGACCAGGAAAUCUCGAAUCAAGUGAUGAAAAUGCGAGUUGCUUGCUCUUCUCUAAUUUACAGAAAGGUAUUAUAUCUAAAUACUAAAAUUCUUGAUGAAAACACUGUUGGCCAAAUGAUAAAUUUGAUAUCAAAUGACGUAAAUCAAUUCGACGUAGCAUUAAAAUUACAUUAUUUAUGGAUUGGACCUCUGCAAACCAUAUUGGUUACAUAUUUAUUGUGGCGAGAAAUUGGAGUGUCAUCAUUAAUUGGAAUAGCUACCCUUUUAUUUUUUAUUCCGUUACAAGGUUGGAUGGGAAAAAAAACGUCUAAAAUUCAUUUAAAGACGGUUAAGAAGACCGAUGAGAGAAUACGUCUAAUGAAUGAAAUCAUUUUGGGAAUAAAAGUGAUCAAAAUGUAUACGUGGGAAAAACCUUUUAUUAAACUUAUAGAAUAUAUGAGAAAAAUAGAAGUUAAACAAAUUAAAGGAUCGGCAUUUAUUGGAUUUAUUUCUUUAUCGUUCAAAGUAUUUCAGACCAGAUUUCAAUUAUUUGUCAGUAUCAUGUCGUAUGUCUUAUUUGGGAACCUCAUAUCUGUGCGCAAAGUUUAUGUUCUUACAUCAAUAUAUAAUAUAUUGCAUUUUUCAAUGGCAGUACUAUUUUCUUAUGAAUUGUUAAAAAUUGGUGAAAUUAUGGUAUCCAUUAAACGCAUCGAGAACUUCUUAUUACUUGAGGAAAAAUAUCAAAUUGAAAAAUGUUGUACAAAAUCUGACACAUCAGUGGAAAAUGAUGUUAUUCAAUCAUUAAUUUCUUAUGAUAAAAAAAUAAACUGCACUGAGGAUUUUGAAAAUAAAUCUGGACUUGAUUAUGAUAAUAGUAUAGUAAUUUUAAAUGCCACUGCAAAAUGGGCAGACAGUCAAAAUAGUAACACAUUGGAAAAAAUUAAUUUAACCAUUAGAACUGGACGAUUGCUUACAGUUAUUGGAUCAGUGGGAUCUGGAAAGAGUUCAYUAAUACAAGCAAUUUUAAGAGAAUUACCCAUAUGCGAAGGUAAAAUUUCUGUGCAAGGUGUAGUGUCUUAUGCACCUCAGGAACCAUGGUUAUUUGCUGGGACCGUUCAACAAAAUAUUUUAUUUGGAUCACAAAUGGACAAAGAACGUUUCAAAAAAAUUAUUGAUAUAUGUGCCCUUAAAAGCGAUCUCGAACAAUUUCCACUUGGAGAUGAAACAAUAGUGGGAGAAAGAGGAAURGCCUUAAGCGGGGGACAAAAAGCUAGAAUUAGUUUAGCAAGAGCGGUGUAUAAACAAGCAGAUAUUUAUUUACUGGAUGAUCCACUUUCAGCUGUUGAUGUUAGAGUUGGCAAGCAUUUAUUUGAAAAAUGCAUUUUAGACUUCCUUAACACAAAAACAUGUAUUCUGAUUACGCAUCAAGUACAAUAUUUAUCUGGUGUUGAUCAUAUUGUUUUAAUGGAUAAUGGAAGUAUAGUAACUGAAGGAUCUUAUCAAGAUCUAAAAGCUUCCAACUUUGACUUUGCUAAAUUACUUAGAUCUUCAGAUGGAAGAAAUAUUGAAAAUGAAAUUGAAACUAACAGUAUAAAUAGCAAUAGCAGUGACACAUAUUUGGUUUCAUCUCUCAAUGGAUCCAACAACAGUAUUAUAUCGUCCAAACAUGAAAAUCAAAUUACUGUUGAACAAGACUCAAAACCUAACAAAAUAUUAGCACUCCAUUCUUAUGAAUACAAUUCCAAAACUAUGCUUAUAUCGUACAUUUUGUCGAGUGGUAGUACACUUAACAUUUUGUAUUGUAUAUUUACGUACAUUUUUACUCAAGUACUUGCUACAAGUGGAGAUUUUUGGCUUAGCAUUUGGGUAAACCAGGAAGUAUAUGAAUAUCAUAAAUCAUUAAAUACAUCUUACAGUAAUAAUAUAUCAAUGCCUCAAGAUUCAUAUGGUGAAACAUUGUUGUUGUCGAAUUUCCAACAACAUUAUAUAAUGAUCUAUGUCGUAUUAAUGGUUUCUCUGAUAGUAUCAAUUAUCAUCAGGUCUGCUAUAUUUGUCAAAAUGACUACAAAAGCUUCAAUAAAUUUACACAAUCAAAUGUUCAAUUCCAUUAUAAGAACAACCUUAACUUUUUUCAAUAUAAAUUCUUCAGGACAGGUAUUAAAUCGCUUUUCUAGAGACAUGGGUGCUGUAGAUAAAAUAUUACCAAUAAUUUUCAUGGAUUCUAUUCAAAUUGUUUUGUUCAUUAUGGGAAAUGUAUUUAUUGUUGCAAUAACUAAUAUUUAUCUUUUGAUACCGACAUUUUUCGUGGGAAUUAUUAUUUACAAAUUAAGAUAUUUGUAUUUCAAAACAUCUCAAAAUGUUAAAAGGUUAGAAGGAGAAACACGAAGUCCUGUAUUAGCUCAUAUGAAUGCAUCAUUACAAGGUUUAACAACAAUAAGAGCAUUUAAAGUAGAGGAUAUUUUAUCUAAAGAAUUCGAUAAACAUCAAGAUUUACAUACUUCUGCAUCCUAUUUGAAUGCGUGUUUGAAUCAUGGACUUGGGUUUUGGUUGGAUAUAAUCUGUAUUAUAUAUACUGGUAUUGUAAUAUCCAGCUUUUUAGUAAUCGGCAACAAKGCAUUUGGUGGAACUGUUGGUAUAGCCCUUACACAAGUGACAUCCUUACUGGGUAGGAUCCAAUUUGGMGUAAAACAAUCAACAGCUUUAGAAAACCAAAUGGUAGCUGUUGAAAGAAUAUUAAAAUAUACACAUUUACMACUAGAAGAUACUCUCCGAGCUACUGCUACAAAAGCGCGACCAACAGGAUGGCCUGAUUCGGGGAAAAUCGUAUUCAAGCAUUUUAAUUUACGUUACAGCCCAAAUUCAUCAUAUGUAUUAAAAGAUAUAAAUAUUCAAAUUCAGUCAAUGGAAAAAGUGGGUAUWGUUGGUAGAACCGGUGCAGGUAAAUCAUCCUUUAUCGGAGCAUUAUUUAGAUUAGCUUUGAAUGAAGGUAAAAUCAUCAUUGAUGGUAUAGAUAUACAUGAAUUGGAACUCAAAGAAUUAAGAUCUAAGUUUUCCAUUAUUCCACAAGAACCAGUAUUGUUUUCUGGUACUAUGCGAACAAACUUAGAUCCAUUUGAUGAAUACCCGGAUCAUGCCCUUUGGGAUGCUCUAGAAGGAGUAGAACUCAAAAAUUUUGUUGAAGACUUACCUGACGGUCUUAACUCAAAAAUAUCCGCGAGUGGUUCKAAUUUCAGUGUUGGUCAAAGACAAUUAAUUUGUUUGGCUAGAGCAAUCRUACAACAAAAUAAGAUCCUGAUAUUGGAUGAGGCCACCGCCAAUGUCGAUCCUAUGACAGAUAAGUUGAUUCAAAAUACGAUUAGGAAUAAAUUUAGAUUUUGCACAGUACUAACAAUUGCUCAUCGUUUAAAUACUAUUAUGGACUCUGACAGAAUACUUGUUAUGGAUUUUGGGAAAAUAAUUGAAUUUGACCAUCCAURUAAUUUGUUGAAAAACACUGAUGGAUUUUUCUACAAAAUGGUAAAACAGACGGGAAAAGAUACAGCUUAUUUUUUGCAUAGUGUGGCUUCAAAGAGUUUUAAAGCGACCUAAUCUCCAGUUGAUGAAGAAACAUUUUAGAAAUUAAAUUAUUAAUGAAUUGGUUUARAUAAAAC